UAUUGACUGGUGAAGUUUUUCUGUCCCACUUUACAUAAGGUAUCUUUAACUUUUAUGAACUUUAUUAAAAUUUAAAGCAUUUGAUACAAUGUACUUAGUGUGUACAUAUUGUUCUGUGAAACUGUCAUAAGAUGGGGGUCAUCUUUCCCAAAGGGUCUAACUUUUUACUCCGAAAUGAGAAUAUAAAAUUUUUAAAUAUAAUUUAAGGUUACACUUUAUGUUAAGGUGUCCUUGUUCCAGUGUAAUUAUACAUGUAAGUACUGAGUGAUAUUAAUUAACAACAUGUACUUACUAUAGAGUUAACGUUAGGAUUGGGGCUUGGUUUAUAGUUAGGUGCCUGUAAUUAUGCAUAAUUUACUGUUAUUACUACAGUAAGUAUAUGUAACGUGUAACAAGGAGGACACAUUACCUAAAUGAAUUACUGUGUCCACAAAUAUCCCAUCAUCAAAUCGACAUAAAACUUGAAAACGCUACAUAAAAUGUAAUAUACAUUAAGAAAAAAAAAAAAAACAAGGUAUUCAGCACAUAAUAAAAAUAUAAAGAAAAGGCUCACAGGCGUCUGUAGAGUUUUUAGAAGCUAGAAUUGUUUGAAUACACUAAUAAUAUAUAUUAUGUUAUAUCUUAUGAUUUUAAAUGACAAAAAAGCAAACAGUGUAAGGAAAGCUCAAUGUGCCAUUGAGGCGGGGAUAAGCAGUGAUGAUGUAACAGGAAGCCACUACACUGAAUAUCGUACAGCCUGACAGCCGUCGUCAUUCACACGCUCCCGCGUCUCGCGCGCUCUUUCAUCUCGCGCUGUGAUAUUGUACAUCGUUUCAUGCCACCGUGACGUCGCAAAGGAAAGUAAUGACUGUUUAUGUUUUUAAAUAACAAGAAGGCGCGUUCGUUUUUAUCUGAACCUCUCCAGACCACCUUGGAUUUAAUCUACAGAUCGAUAGUGGGUCAUUGGAAAUGCCAAAGAAGAUGACAGCUAGCGACUGGACGAUUUGUCUGUUUCUGAUGGGAUCUGUCACUGAGUUCAUUGUUCAAGCCAGUCCUGAGGUGAACGAAAGCCAACAACAACAUCCUCAAAAUGUGUACCAUGACAUCGGUGUUACCAGAAACAAGAUUGUGACUGCACAGUUUGAGUGCUAUCAGAAGAUCAUGAAGGACAACAGUCAAGACAAAAGAGCUGACCCGAUGUGCAACAGGACCUGGGAUGGAUGGUUGUGUUGGGAUGAUACAGAGGUCGGUGUCACCUCCGAGCAACACUGUCCUGACUAUUUCCAGGACUUUGACCCUACAGAAAUGGUCACCAAAAUAUGUACAGAAAGUGGGCAGUGGUUCUUGCAUCCUGAGAGUAACCGCACAUGGACAAAUUUUACCAGAUGUAAUUUGCACACUACUGAAGGACGAAGGACCGCAAUGAACUUGUUCUACUUGGCGUUAAUAGGUCAUGGGCUCUCUUUAACGUCUUUGUUCAUCUCACUAGGCAUAUUCUUUCAUUUCAAGAGUUUGAGCUGCCAGAGAAUUACCCUGCACAAAAACCUUUUCUUUUCAUUUGUAUUAAACUCCGUUAUCACUAUCAUUUGGUUAACAGCAGUGGCAAACAACCAGGAAUUGGUUCAGAAAAACCCAAUCAGCUGCAAAGUAUCACAAUUUAUCCAUCUAUACAUCUUUGGAUGCAACUACUUCUGGAUGCUUUGUGAAGGGAUUUACUUGCACACACUCAUUGUUGUGGCAGUGUUUGCUGAAAAACAGCAUUUAAUGUGGUACUACCUUCUUGGAUGGGGUUUCCCACUUAUACCCGCCACAAUACAUGCUGUAGCCAGAAGUUAUUACUACAAUGAUAAUUGUUGGAUCAGCUCAAAUACUUCUCUGCUAUACAUUAUUCAUGGACCUAUCUGUGCAGCGCUGUUGGUGAACUUGUUUUUUCUGCUGAACAUCGUACGAGUCCUCAUCACCAAACUGAAAGUAACGCACCAUGCAGAGUCUAGUCUGUAUAUGAAAGCUGUCCGCGCCACCCUCAUUCUGGUUCCACUCCUGGGCAUCCAGUAUGUUCUCCUCCCAUAUAAACCUGCAGGGCGUGUUUCCGCUGAAAUCUACGACUACAUCAUGCAUAUCUUAAUGCAUUAUCAGGGACUGUUGGUGGCCACAAUCUUCUGCUUUUUCAACGGAGAGGUCCAAGCAGUUUUAAGGCGGCACUGGAAUCAGUACCGCAUCCAGUUUGGAAGCACCAUCGCGCAGUCCGACGCUAUGAGGUCUGCCUCGUACACAGCGUCCUCCAUUACAGAGGUCCAGGGCUGUUACAGCAUCGAUGGCCACACAGAACACUUGAAUGGCAAAAACUGCAAUGACAUUGACAACAUCUUAAAACCGGAGAAUCCCUUUGCCUGAUGCCACUGAACGUGGCAGUAUAUAUAUAAACUGUUGAUUACAGCAACAGCUGUCACAUGGCUGACUUGGACCUUUCUACCCAUAAUUCACCGCUCAUACUCUCUGAAGGAUGGAGAAAAGGUAUUUCUCUUAGAAUUUACACUGAAAAACAUUUUGCUACCUUCAUUCAAUGUUCAAUGGACAAAUACAAGCAUUAUUUGCCAUGUCUUUGUUCUUCACAGUAUUUUAGUUUGCUCGACUGCUGUCUGCAGUGGAAUUAAGUGUAAAUAUUCAGCUCUUAUAUGUAAUGCACUUCUUUGUCUUAUAGGAUUGUCCCUCUAAUCCAAAUGAUGACCACACUGAGUAUAUUUUUAAACAACAACAACAACUAUAUAUAUAUAUAUAUAUAUAUAUAUAUAUAUAUAUAUAUGUUGAAACAAAAAUUGAAGAGUGCGCAAAAGCCAGUGCCCCUUUUUCUUUUAUAAGGCCGUGUGUCCACCAAAGCGUUUUAGCCAGCUGAAAACGCUAGACGCUCUGCUGAAAACGCCUAUCUGUGAGCGUUUGAGAGCACUUCGGCAUUGCAGUUUUUUUUCUUUCCAAUUAAGACGUUUUGUUGCAAUGAUACGGAAUACCGUAACUAUUACUUGUAACUGAAUUCGCUGAUAAUUUGUUUCAGACUAAAAAUGUUGACACAAUGUAGAGUAUCUGCUUUGUAUGUUCGGAGACCAGCAAUAUUAAUUUCUCAUUCAUUUUGUUCCGAUCUCUGCUUGUUGAUGUCAUUGUACAGCAAUAAUGUUGUGACAGUUGGUCGGUGUUGUAUUUGUCCCACCCCUCCUCCACUCUGAUUGGACGGCUGGCUAAAAAGUAAAAAGGGAUGAGCGCAGCGUUUUACUCAAAGUUGAACAUUCUUCAACUCGAGGCGACCGGUAAAAAUGCCGAGCGCUCUGCGCUUGAGCGUGAAAAAGACGCUCAGCGCCUCGUUACACUCCUGGUGUUUAAAAAACGUGGCGCUCCCAUUGAAAACAAUUGGAAAAGUAUGAUAGCCGCUGGAAAAAACACUUUGGUGGACACACGGCCUAAUAAUGAUUUGGCAACUAUUUUAACGUAAAUCUGAAACAGUAUUAUAGCCAGCUGUUGUUUCUUUGGACGAAGUAAAUUUAAACUUCAGGAAGAAAUCAAUAAAAUUUAGUAUUAUUAGUAUGCACAAUUUUGGUCUCUAAUUGCUAUUUAAGUAUAUCCGUUAUUUGACAACACAAAUCACAAAUAUUGUGAGUUCUCUGUGAAGUAAUUCCAAAACACCUGCUUUAGGGACACCUGAAAAUGACACUGGAGAUUGGACCAUAAUUUAUGUAAGAACUCCGUGUGAAGUCUUACAGUACAAAAACAUGCUUAUCACUUUAAGAUAUACAGUAUUUCUCAGUAUAAUCUAAUUUAUAUGUUUAUUUUUUCACAAUUAAAUUUAUACUACCCAUGCCACAUUUUCAGUGUUUUUUGACUUCAUAUUUCUUAACAUGCUUGUAGUGUUCAGUCAUGUGACUUUUAUGAAAUAAGGUACAAUAAUCCGCUACCUAGAAUAUGCUACUCAUAUUUCCUAUAAUACGCUUGGAGUGUUUAAGAUAUCGCUCUCUUGUGUCAAAGUGCAGGGAUUCAGAAGCAACUAAAUAAAAAAAGGUUCUUGAUAUUUGACCCUGUGGCUUCUAAAGAUGCUUUAAAUUCUACCUUUCACUAAAUUCAAUUACAUUCCAUGAUUUGAAUAAUGUGCCCAGUGUUUAUUUCCUUUGAUGUCACAGCUUUACCUAAGCUCACUCUGUUCUUCUCUGAUAAUCAGCAAGUUUUCAUAAUGCUUAAAGGAAUAGUUCACCCAAAACUGAAAACUGUCAUUAUUUGCUCACCUUCAUGUCAUUCCAAACCUAUAUGCAGUUAGCUAUUUCUGUUGGAAAGAAGGAAAACUUCUGAUGAAUUUUACUCCACUCUUUCUAAUGAUGAUCACAUCUGACUCAUGCACUAUAUAUAUAUAAGCUUUCUGAACUCGUACAAUAUUUACAUUUCAAUCUGUUCACUUUACGUGACAAACAGACUGAAAUCUGAAGUCAUUAUUCACUGAGCCUGUUAUGAAUGAGCCAAUUGAAGGUUCAUAAAUCAGUGGAAAAAAAGACUCCCCGAUCUGGCCACAUUAUUUUUGGGUGAACUACUCAUUUUUAAUUCCUGCUUUUGUCCAUAUUAGACCAUGCAAACAGAAUCGUUGACACAGGUAAUGCUACAAACGUGCGUGAAUGUGCUUGUACUAAAUAUGUAAAUAUUAUAUUGUUAGCUGUAAUCACAUCUGAAUAUUUUAUAGGGGUGUGCAUAAUAUUGCUUUGCAUUACAUUUCUUCCUCUCUAAACAAGAAACAUUUCUCAAUCUGGGUUCAGAGCAAAUCAGUAUUAAUACUGCAAAUCACAGCAUGUAAAAAAAUGCCAAAUAUCCACUGAAUCGACUCAACACAACAUUUCUUUUUCAUGAAUGUGUGCCAAUUACUGUUGCUCAUGAUGUUUUGUUAUGUUGUUUGUGAUAAUUUGUGUUUCAGUGAAAACAAAAUACUCACUGCAGGACGGUUUCAUAUGUUUCAUAGUAUGUUGCAAAUAUACAUUUGCUUGUCGUUUUUCGACCUGGUAUUUAAAGUUGUACUUUUUGUGAAAAUUAAUUUUGCUUUCUAUGUUGGUAUCAGAAUAGCUGUAUUGUGUCUAUGCUGCACCUAAACUCAACCACUACAAAUGUUCUUUUCUGUAUGAAUGUAAUUUGUCUUUUGUUCUCUUGAGGUGUAUUCGUGUAACAUUUAUUUCAUAAAAUGUGGGCAGUGUUGCAAUCAUGUGUAUUGUAUUAUUCUGUAAUUAUAGAUUAUUAUUUCAA